UCUUGAUUACUAAACCGAACUUAUCUUCCAGCUUUAUUCUCGUCUUUCUCUUUAAUUUGGUUAAGGAUCUUCCAUGAAAACAACUACUCUAUUUACGAACGAAUAACCCUCUUCCAUACUCUUUCUCACCGGACUACCCUUGAAGGAUUGCGAUUGGUUUUUUGUUCUGAUCAUCAUGUCUUGGUGCACAAUUGAGUCUGAUCCUGGUGUUUUUACGGAGCUUAUACAGCAAAUGCAAGUGAAGGGUGUUCAGGUUGAAGAGCUAUAUUCCCUGGAUCUAGAGACCCUCAACACUCUGCGACCUGUAUAUGGGUUGAUAUUCUUGUUUAAAUGGCGUCCUGGGGAGAAAGAUGAACGUCUCGUCAUCAAAGAGCCAAAUCCUAACUUGUUCUUUGCCAGCCAGGUUAUCAACAACGCAUGUGCGACACAAGCAAUUCUGUCUAUUCUUCUAAAUUCCCCAGAUGUCGAUGUGGGCCCAGAGCUGUCGAAUCUGAAAGAGUUCACCAAGAACUUCCCACCUGAGCUUAAAGGUCUGGCUAUCAACAACAGUGAACCCAUUCGAACUGCACACAAUAGUUUUGCAAGACCUGAGCCCUUUGUUUCCGAUGAGAAAAAGGCUGCAACCAAGGAUGAUGAUGUCUACCAUUUUAUAAGCUACUUACCCUUCGAAGGAGUCCUGUAUGAGCUAGAUGGGCUUAAAGAGGGCCCCAUCAGCCUUGGCCCAUGCUCAGGUGGACAAGGUGACUCCGAUUGGCUACAGUUGGUACAACCCGUUAUCCAAGAACGCAUAGAGAGGUACUCAAAUAAUGAGAUAAGGUUUAAUCUUUUGGCCAUUGUAAAGAACAGGAAAGAGGUGUACACUAUGGAGUUGAAAGAGUGCCAGAGAAGGAGAGAGCGCAUUUUACAGCAACUGGCAGCUGCACAGUCAUCUGGGGUAUCCGAUAUUGUCAAAGUCGAAGAACUUAACAGGGAACUCGCUGAAGUUAAUAUCGGGAUUGAAGCUGCUACCGAGAAGAUUAUUAUGGAGGAGGAGAAGUUCAAGAAAUGGAGAACCGAAAACAUCCGUAGGAAACACAACUAUAUUCCGUUCUUGUUCAAUUUCCUUAAGGUUCUCGCAGAAAAGAAACAGUUGAAGCCUCUUAUAGAAAAGGCGCAGAAGAAAGUAAGCAACCCUACUUCCUAGCUCAUGUUAUCUUCUCCGUGAGAGCGGAAAUUCUAGGUCGCUCUGUUUUGGUUUGUGAAUCAUCAGUUGGGCUAAGUUAAACAAAUUACGGUCUGUUGUAAUAUUUUCGAAGUUGUUUUUUGUUUGAUUUUGGUUUGAGUUGCUUAUAGUGGCAAAAAAUCAGACUACUAGUUGGAUGAAGUUUGUUCGCAUCGAGGGGCGACUUUUAAGUUCAAGAGACCGAAUAUAGAGCAGUUAAACUCCUUUUAGUAACAUUUUUUUCUUGAUUUUGAAGAUUUUAUGAAACCAUGAUGGAAAAUUAUGAAUUGUUCGAAUCUGAUUUCGACACAUAAAUUGAGUUAUGUGCAA